AUGCUUUCUUCUCAAGAUGUUCUUGAGCUUCAGCAGGUUGACGACGAUGAUUUUGACUUAAUUCAUCCUAUUUUACUUUCAACAUUCACUUCAACUCAAAAUGAAGUUGGUAUGGAAGUUAUUCCAAUUCCAUCAACAAUUAUCUCGCGUCCUAAUCAAUCUAGAAGCAAAACUCGAUUUAACAUUGUCGAUCCUGAAGAUAAAAAAAUAUGGUAUCAAAUAAAAUCCGACGAAAAUCGUUAUUUUCUUCUGAAAUUAAAAGAUAAUAAAAAUUUAUGGGAUCAAGCUCUUCAAAUUGCAGCACCAGCUUCAUGUGCAUGCAUAUGCGGCAGUACGAUUGUUGUUGCUUUAGAAGAUGGCUCAAUUCAUUUUGUUGAUAAAAAUUUCGGUUGUUUUUGCAUUCCAUCGAUUCUUAUGCAAGGUAAGGCUCUUCACUUGAAAGCAAUUGAUAACGAUAAGGUUGUUUGCAUCAAUUCCCUUAAGAAAGUUAGUGUUUGGAAUUUAGAGUCUGGAUCGAGAAUUACAAAGAUCUUUGAUGAGACAUAUUCUAACGAUAUGCCUGCAAUUGAUCACGUAGACCUUACAAAAGAACUUCCAAACGGAGAAUUAUCUCCAAUUAUCUUUUUCAAGGAUUACUCAGUUAGAUGGUCACAUUCAAUGAACUAUUGGGUUUGCAACAAGCCAGAUAUACCUCCGUACUUCGAAGUUAAGUACGAACAUGAAACUGUCGCAGAUAUCGAAAAUGAUUUUACAGAUGCUUUACUCUAUUACGAAACUGACAAGGUUAUACCUUUGUUCAAAGAAUUACUCGCAUUUUAUCUCAAGGAUACCCCUGAAAAAGCGAUAACCUUAACUUUACAAUUAUUCUUACGAUUUGGCGAAUAUUUCGAUUCAUACUGCGAUAUCUCGAUAUCAGAACUACUUACUAUUGCCUCAACUAUGAUUGAAGAAAAGUCAUCUGAUUUAUUACAACAAAUAACUCAAUCAAAGCAAUACGAAAUGGCCAGAAAAGCCAAGGAUGCAACCGAGAAACCAAGGCUUAUCUUCAAAGGCAAGCUUUCCACAUCGAAUCUUGAAGAUGAAGAAAUGCCUCAAUCAGAACUUGAAUCUGUUGCAGCAGAACGUGCCAAAUAUUCAUAUACUCCACAAGAGAAUCGUUCUGCCAUGUACGCUAGCCAGAUAUCUAUUCUUCCUCUGCCAGAUUUACUCAAGAAUCUUACUCUUGUACAAGCGAACUACAUUACAGUUACAAAUGCCAUCAAACAAGUAUAUGCCAAUCCAGACAAGACGAAUUACAACGUCUACAUGUUCCAAUUAUCCCAACAAUAUUCUCAGAUUAUUCAACAGAUUCAAUACUACAAUAAUCUCAAGAAUAUGCACAUAGCAAGAAUCUCCAAGCUUGAUUUCUACACAGCGGCCGAUGAAUUCAACAAAUUGAAUGAUUAUGAAUCAAAGAUGUUGUAUUUGCAGAACAAUGCACUUCUUAACUUCAAAUACCAAGAGAUGAAGAAACACCAACAAGAUGCAUCAUCACAAAAUGCACAAACAGGCAAAGAAGACGAAAAUCCAGAAAAUGAUGACGCAGAAAUUUCCGAAAACGACGAAGUUAAGCUUCAAAUCGACGGAGACUUGACUCCUAAGUCCAAACAGAAAGGAAAGCAAUUAACAAUAGAUUCAAUGAUCGCCAAAUCUCCAAAUUUAGCACAAGCACAAAUUCCAACGAACCAAAACUAUUUGAUGGCGAAUUUACCGAAGAAAAGAGGAAGACCACGAAAGAAUCCACUUCCUCCUCCAAUUCCAUCUCCAACAAAACCUAUUCCACAAAUCACCCAAACAAUGCAAACACAACAAUCACAAUCACAAGAAAAAGAAGAAGAGAAAAGUAAUGAACAAAAUAAAGAAGAAACAAAUUCUCAACAAUCUUCUCAAUCUCAACCUGUUCAAACAUCACCAAUCUUGACUCCAGAACAAUUAGUUCAAUACCAAAACUACUGUAAUAUUUGGGGAGCUCAAAUCAGAAGAAUUCAAGAGUUGUUGACUCGAUUGAAACAAAAACCAACGCAGGAACACUUGCAAAUAUACCAACAAUACCAAUACGCAUGUACCAUUCUUCGUAAUCAUUACCAAGCUGUUCAACAACAACAACAACAAAACCAACAAAUUCAGCAAAUACAACAAGAAGAACAAAAACAAGAAAUUCCUGAACAAAGAAUUGAAUUAUCUCAAGACCAACUAGAUGAAAUAAAGCGAGCUAUGUAUGAAGGAACAGCAACACAAGAACAAAUACAAACAUAUCAGAAAUAUAUAAGUCAAAUGGCUCGUGAUCAAAUCAAAGAAACAGAAUCAACGAAACAGAAGAAGAAACCAGGAAGAAGAGAAAGAGUUAAUAUUCCAAGAGAUAAUAGUAACAAUGCACCUAAAAAGAGAGGAAGAAAGAAGAAGACAGAAGUUGUUAAAGAAGAAACAAAUGAAGAAGAAUCAGCAGAAGAAACUAAUAAAUCUCAAAAUGAUGAAAUUCAAAAAGAAAAUUCAGAAGAAGAAACAGCUGAAGAAAUGGAACAACCAACUCAAACAAUAAGAAAGAGUCCAAGGAAGCCAAAGAGAAGACACUUCCUUUCUUCAGAAAGUGAAUCUGGAAAGUCACAAGACGAAAACGAAGAAGAAGAGGAAGAAGAAGAGAAAAAAGAUGAAAAGGUUGAUAAGGAUGAUGAUUCAGAUCAUCAUGAAGACUUUAUAGAUAAUCGUAAUAUGGAUAAGAAUGAUUUAGAUUUGUUUGGAGAUGAUAACAUCUUGAAAUUCAUGUAA